GGCGUUAACGUUUAAUCCUGCCGUCUCUUAUUUUUAUUUUAUUACAUUAAAAUUUAAGUGUUUAUUUAAAUAUAAAAAUUUAUUUUUAUUAAUAAAAAAAAUCUCCGUGAGUUUAUUCGCUAAUAUGAACGCGGUAUUUUUCGCAAUCGGUCCGAGUUUGUGCGGAAAAAUAAGUGAUAUAUGAAACAAGGGCAGGAUUAUCUCCACCCUGUUCGCUAAACAGUGAAAACUCCUGUAAAUAAUUUCCCUAAAAUAUCAUAUCAAUUUUACAGUGUAUUUUUAUUUAUUCUUAUUAAUGUGAAAUGACACUGAGGACUAUCAUCCAAAAAAGUGACGCUUAAAUAGUGAAAAAAAAAAAAAAUGUCCGUGAGGAUUAAUAUCAGCAGUUGAUCAAAUGAGUUUCCCCAUAAAAUUGCAAGGACGGUGAUAGAGGCAAAACUUAAAAAAUGGAAGUCAGAUUUUGGGGAUGUGGAAAUCCGAGACGGGAGUACGGUCCACUCCCAUCGGUCGGAGUAGUUUUGCUGCUCCUUAUAAUCUUAGGGCGAGUUUGCUGUGUUAUCGGUGACAAGUGUGCGGACGAGUGUACGUGCAAGUGGAAGGGUGGCAAAAGGACCGUCGAGUGUGUGAAGCGGACGCUUACGAGCAUCCCGGAGGAGAUAGACCCGGAGACCCAGGUGCUGGACGCGAGCGACAACGACAUAAGGCUGCUGGCCAGCAAUAUCUUCGUCCGAGUCCAACUGACGAACCUGCAGAGAGUUUACCUGCGUAAUUGCAGAAUGGAGCGGAUAGACAAGGAGGCGCUGAACGGACUCACGAAUUUGAUAGAGCUCGACCUGAGCAACAACAGACUGACCUCGAUCCCCAGCGAGAGCUUGACCAAGGCGCCCUUCCUCAGAGACCUGUCCUUGGCAGGGAACCCCCUGGUCAGAAUCCAGUCUAACGUGUUCGGGACAACCUCCAGCCUGAUAAAACUCGACCUCUCUAACGCUCAAAUCUCCGAGAUCGAGUCCAACGGGCUAAGAGGCCUCGAGUCCCUGGAGUCGCUGAAGCUCAACGGGAACCGGCUGGCCACCCUCAACCCGGGGACCUUCGACCCUUUGAACAAACUCACGAGCAUCGAGCUCCACGACAACCCCUGGGUCUGCAAUUGCCACCUCAGAGAGAUGAAGCAGUGGCUGGUCAAGCACAAUCUUCCAACUCUGAUCUCUCCGGUUUGUCACGGCCCGGAGCAGCUUGUAAACAGGCCGUUUGUCGAGCUGACCAUCGACGACUUUGCCUGCCGCCCGGUGAUGAUGUUCACCGCCAGGUACGCGGAGGCCACAAUUGGGGAGAACGCGAGCAUUGUCUGCCGCGUAUCCGCAGUUCCGCCGGCUAAAAUAAAGUGGUACUGGAGCGGAAAGCUCCUGAGUAACCACAGCUCGUUCAGCAGCUACCAGAAGGUUUAUAUUUACGAGGAGGGCCAGUACAGCAAGCGCAGCACUUUGAUUCUGACUAACGCCCAGGAGACAGACUCCAGUGAUUUUUAUUGUGUCGCGGAAAACAGAGCCGGAAGUGUCGAGGCUAAUUUCACGCUCCACGUUUCCUCGAGGACCGCCGGAAUGUCGACGCUGGGCAGCGGGCAGAUCGCGGGGAUUUCCGCGGCUCUGGUUGUCCUUAUUUUGCUGAUACUUCUGAUCAUCAUGGUGCUGUUCAUCAGGCUCAGGCGGAUGCCUGUUAAAGAGGUGAAGAGCAACGCCGCGCCUAUGGAGGUUCUGCCCUCGGAGGGCAGCAACGACAACGCGGUCAGUGGAACGCUCAGCAGGAAAGUUGAGCAAGAAAAUGAGACCACUUUCAACGACUCGACGAAGCCGGGCUCUUUGAGCUUGAGCUAUGUUCAGAGAGUACCAUUGGACUCCUCCAGGGAGUACAUUGUCGACGAGCACCCGGUGAUCCACGGCGCUUGCUUCUCCUCGACGGCCUCCCUGGUUCCUAUUGAGAACCCUGAUCUGAUUAGGGACACCAGAACGUCUAUUGAAGAGCUCGGGAAUUAUUCCACUGGGCUGAUGGACAAUACGAGACUUUUGUACUCGAGUUUGUGGGACACUGGUGAGGACACUGUGCCUGGAGUCGCCGGAAACUCGACAUAUGCCAAGGAAGUACAGUCGAGCGUGUCCAUAAUGUCUGUCGAGCAUCAACAGCAGUUACACCAUCAACAAUUUCCACCUGGCGCUAAGCAAUUGAGGGUAUGGCAGAAAGGCGUUCCUGUUUUGCCACCUGUUUCCGCACUGAAACGGGUGCUAGGAUCCACCAGGAGCUCUCCGGACGAGGGAUACCAGGAGGGCACUGGCACUGAUGUCUAGGUACCGCUACUUCAUUACUGCGAUCCACGGCACAGGUAUCUUGAGCUCAUGAGGAGGCAUCAGGAUGAUUGUGGGGCUAGUUGUCUCAAUGACUAAAUUUUUUUUUUUAUUGUGCUCGUGAUUUUGGUCGUGGUAGUGAAUAUUUAGAAAUUUAUUAUUAUUUAUAAUUACACUAAUUUAAAUAAUGAUAAUAAUAAUAAUAG